CCCAACCGAUCUCUUUCUCCCCAAAUCUUCAUCAUCAAUCAAUCAGGCAGCAAUAGAUAGAUAUAUUAAGAUAGAUAGAUAUAGAGAUGGAAACACUGAAUCAGAGCCUGAUAUCAGCUGCUGCUUCUAAUUUCAGUUCUAGUAGAUCUGUUAUUUAUGGACAAUCAUUGUCCCUCAGCAGCAGCAGCAGCUCCACCUCACCGUCUUCCAUCGUUUGUCAAAAAAGGCGGCGUAAUAAUAAUAAUAAUAUUAAAAUAUCAGCUUCAAUAGCCGUUGACAAAAAAGUCGCUCUUAUCAGAAUUGGCACCAGAGGAAGUCCUUUAGCUUUAGCACAAGCUUAUGAGACACGGGAGAAGCUCAUUGCUUCAAGUGCCGAGUUAGCCGAAGAGGGAGCUAUUGAGAUUGUGGUGAUCAAAACCACAGGUGAUAAGAUAUUGAGUCAACCGCUUGCAGAUAUUGGUGGCAAGGGUUUGUUCACUAAAGAAAUAGAUGAGGCUCUUCUAAACAGUGACAUCGACAUUGCUGUUCAUUCGAUGAAAGAUGUCCCUACUUAUCUCCCUGAUAAAACAAUUUUGCCUUGCAAUCUUCCACGUGAGGAUGUCCGUGAUGCAUUUAUUUCCUUGAAUGCGACUUCAUUAGCCGACCUUCCAGCCGGCAGCGUUGUGGGCACUGCAUCACUCAGGAGAAAGUCUCAACUGCUUCAUAGAUAUCCGUCACUCUCUGUGCUGGAAAAUUUCCGAGGCAAUGUGCAGACUAGGUUAAAGAAACUAAAUGAUGGUGUUGUUGUAGCAACAUUAUUAGCAUUAGCUGGACUCAAACGGUUAAGUAUGACUGAGCAUGUGUCUUCAAUUCUUUCUAUUGAUGAUAUGCUUCCAGCUGUUGCACAAGGUGCAAUCGGGAUUGCUUGUCGAAGUGAUGAUGAUAAGAUGGCUAAUUACAUUGCAAAGCUGAACCACGAAGAAACAAGAUUAGCAGUUGCAUGUGAAAGGUCUUUUCUGCUGACACUUGACGGCUCCUGCAGGACACCCAUUGCAGGAUAUGCCUGUAGAGACGAAGAUGGUAAUUGCCUCUUUAGAGGUUUGGUGGCCUCACCAGAUGGAACCAAAGUACUAGAAACGUCCAGAAAAGGAUUAUACGCUUAUGAAGAUAUGAUUCUGAUGGGGAAGGAUGCUGGUGAGGAACUACUCUCACGUGCAGGUCCGGGUUUUUUUGACAGUUGAGGUCUUCACAUGCGGAUUUAUUUUGACUAGUUUCUGGUGAGUUGUUUUGGUUUGCUCUAUCAUUCAUGUAAUUUAAGAAUAGAAUUUGAUUGGUUGUAAUUUCGUGUAUGACAAACAGUAGAAUGUCAGAUUUUUAUUAUCAUUCGUGUAAUUUUAGAAUAAAUUUUCCA